AAUCAAUCACUCCACAGGAUGUCACUCCAUAUACAACCCGGAUCCAUUUUUCUAUUGUAAUUACCGCUCACAGUAAGAUAAAAGUAGUGCGUGCGAUUAUACAGCAUCAUUAAAGAACUUGGUUUAAGGCAGACAUUUUAAACAGACAAUCAAGCAAGUUACCUCUGAUAUGCAGGCCACGUCUCAUCCCACCGAGCCCGGAGUCCCGGGCCAGACUGUUUUCGUCCACCAGCCCGCUCCAGUUAGCUAUGCCAAUACGGUGCAGAACCCUAACUCAUCGAGUGGUGUGUCGCAGAACUUUAACGGAGCUGCCGGGAGAGCGACUGGUUGGCUGCAGCUCUCCAUCGGCAUCGGGAGCAUCGUCGUCGCCAUUGCCCAGUUAGUCAUCUUUUCCCGCUUCUAUUCCGGACUAGGCUUUGUCGCCAUUGGAAUUUGGGCAAGUGUUCUGUUCUACAUUCCUACCGGUAUCUUAGGAAUAUGUUCGAAGCAGAAGAACACUUGUGUGAUCAUCGGCUAUCUUACGAUGUGUAUCAUCUCGGCAAAUGUUGCCUGCGCUCAAAUAAUUAUUGGUGCCAUUGGGGCAGUAAUCACCAGUUAUCGUCUAGGUUACUUGUACUAUGCCGGCAUUGCCGAACAAGGAAUAGCGGAAGGAGGCACCGCAUCUGACUCUCUGUUGGCCAUCCUUGGCCUGAUCGAGAUGGUGGUAGCCAUUGUGGCUUCAGCCUACUGCUGUGGUGGCAUGGCCUGUUGUCACUCGUCUUCACCAACUACCACCACUAUGUACACCCACCAGAACAUUCCGAUGGCUGUGACAACCGGCCAGUACACUCAGCCGGCGGGAAUCGUUCAGCUCCCUCCCGGAUACAACGUUCAGCAGGCUUAUCCCCCUGCUGGCCAGCCUGUUGCUCCAGCUCCCUACAACCAAGCUCCUGUUGCCCCGUACAACCAGGAUCCUGGUGCCCCACAUUACCAAGCUCUGGGUGCCCCGUACAACCAACAAGCAGCUGCUGCAUCCAUCAAACCUGGCGAAGUGGUGGCUUAAAUGCGUUCAGAAAAUGGGUCUUAAUAAUUAAACUACCCUGAUAUCUAAAUGCUUAUAUUGGGAAUAACAAGCAAUAGCUAAAUUUUUGAUAAAUAAAAUGCAAGCCUACUCUGAGACGCACGGAUAUUCAGAGAAAAAGUAGAUCAUCCUCACAAAAUUUGUAAUUUUCUGAAGAGAGUUGUUCGAUUGUUAGCCGUGAUACAGUGAUUAUAAUUUUACAUCAUUUUUUAUCUAAUUUCUCCAAUUGGUAAAUAAAAGAUAGCAGAUGAUGGGGAAAAAACUAAAAUAAUGGCUGAUCUUUUUUGAUAGAUAAAGUUAAUACAAAAAAUGUUAUCCUGACAGGAUCAUUAAAUUAAAGCCACGUCAAACUAAUGCUUGAUGAUGAAAAUAAUAAAUUACUAAUUAUUCUAGCAAGGGGGUGGCUUAAAUGAUAUAACAUUGCAAACUUUAUUAAACAAAAGUAUGUGGUAUGGAAGUAAAAUAAGUGUCCUCUAUUCAUUACGUGAAGCUGAAAUCCCCCCCCCCCCCAUCAUUCCACCCAACGUGAGAAAUACAGAACCCUUUUGUUACUAUUUAUUAGGCGGCUGGGCUUCAAUUGACUACUCUUGAGGACUGCACAGAAAGAUCUGCUAAAAUAACAAAAAUAUCAACAACAAACAACAUUAACAGCAUAAAACAACUGAAUGUCACAGUGCGAAAAAUAUGUAACCAGCCAACUUGUAGACGAAAAGUUAUGCAUACUGCAUUUAAAAUAAAUGGGCUGAUAUCCCCCCAAGUGCUUUAUAAAUCAUCAAAAUGUUAAUUCAGAGGACCAAACAAGAGCAUUAGAAAUUGUAAAAAAAAUUAUUGAAGAAAUAUUAAUUUAACUUCGAUAUAGAUUGAAACCGUUUGUUUUUAUGUUGAUUCUGUAACGCUAUAACCUUGGAAAUAAGUAGCCUUAGGUUUUUUUUUACCUGAUGAUAUAUUAAUGUUGUGCCUUUCGAUCUUUUGACUGUCAUUUUGGAAGUAAUCAAUUCGUCAAUUAAUUAAGUUGACGAAGAUCGAUGAGAAUUUAAGACAAAAGAUGCUUUGAAGUGAAAGAAUUUCAGAUAAUUGUGUGAAAUUGAUCUUUGCUGGAUUCUAAACAUAAGAGAAAUCAAUGCGUACGUGGCAUGAAAUUUCAAAUAAGUUCAUAAUCCUGCGUGUAGUGAAUUAAUGAAGUGGUUUAUUUAGAAUGAUAACAAACACGCCAUUAUGUAAGUCUACAACUCUAUUCUGUAGAAUAUCAAUUUCUUUUAGAAUCAUUGUCUUUCGGAACUAAAUGCGAAAGCAUUUCUUUAAAAAACCGUCAAUGAAUUAUCGUUGUUCAGUGUCUGAACGCAAAACAAAGUGCCAUUAACAUGACAAAUGUUAAAACAAGAAAACUAAUGAAAAGGGAAAAGAUUUCUUUUACAAAUAAAAAGGUGGGUAAUUUAAGUUGUGUACUGUGUUUACUGCAUUUUUCUGUUUGAAUUUAGAAUUUAAUAAGGCGAAUUAUACAAAAGUACAACAGACAGAAAUGAACAAAAAGAAGAACUCAAAAAUCACAUCGAUUAAAAUUAGUAUAUGUUAUUUUAAAACAAUCUGAACUUUAGAUUCGUUGACAUUACAUAAACGAUGCAUUGAACAAUACAACACCUUACAUCUUGCCUUCUUCCGUGCUCAUUCUUAUCAUGUUUUAAUUUUUGUUAAAUGACUCUUGCUAUAUCCGAAGUCGUAUUAUAUGCUUAGGUUCCCGGGGGCACACGAAAUACCUUCAGCUGAAACUUCUACUUUCUGAAAUAUCAUUUUUGAGACUUUUUAUAUUUACUUAAAUUCUCAAAUCUUACAAGGCGCGUAUUGUAAGAGACACAUUUCAUAUUUGUUUUUCUAUGUUUUUUGUAGAUGAAAUAUUGGAGCAGCUGUAAAAUUCGAAGCUUCACUAUUUCAAAUCUUUAUUUUAUAGAACUGUUUUUAGAAUAUAAACAUUUAUGAAAAAAAGUGAUCUUUUCAUUCCUUUUAGUUUCACUGUAGUUCAAUUUUUAAUGUAUAAUAAUAAUAAUAAUAAUAAUAAUAUAAUAAUAAUGGCUUGGUUUCGUGGUAUAUCAGAUAUUGUAUUCAGCUUGUUAAUAUUUGAACUCGUCUUCGACUCGUGUAAUAUUCUCGAGCUUAAUGCAACAUAUCUGAUAUACCUUUUAAUGCUUGGUGUAUCAUUCACUGAGGUACAGCCUGCCGUAAACGUAUCAUAUGUACAAUAAACUUUUCGAUUUUGA